AAUAUUAUUGUUUUAAACGCGUUUUUCGUCAGUGUGUGGCGCGAACGGCGGUUACGUCGCUCGUCAGUUACCCUCGUGUAAGUUGUGACAUUGAAAAUGGGUUCUUUUUAUAAUUGCUGCCUGGAUUCUGGUGCUGGUCCUCAAGGAACACAGUGUGUUAUCUGGCUUACACUUUGAAUGACUUUCGGCGGGAACCGAGUGAAAAUGACGGGGGGAUCAGAGAGGAUUCUCACUGAAGGGACCGAGGUUGUGGCCCGGAUGCGUUUACAACUAACGAGAGACAUACAUAUGACAGAGAAGCCGUCUGCCCCUCCACGGACAGGAGCCCGGGGGGUGCAGGUGGUGAACACGGGCCCCGAGCACACGUUCGUCUUGGAUGAAGAGGCGCUGGAACACUUACUGCUGCAGGAUGACAUCAAAGACAGAUCAGCCGUCGUCAUAUCUGUGGCGGGGGCAUUCCGCAAGGGCAAGUCCUUCCUGCUCGACUUCUUCCUCCGGUACAUGCAUCACAAGUACGGCGCUGGCGGGGGUGGCGGCGAGUGGCUGGGGUCGGAGGACGAGCCGCUGGCGGGGUUCAGCUGGCGCGGAGGAUCCGAGAGAGACACCACCGGCAUACUCAUGUGGUCCGAGAUAUUCAAGGCCACGCUGGAGACUGGGGAGAAGGUAGCCAUAAUCUUGCUGGACACUCAAGGUGCCUUCGACAGUGAGUCCACGGUCCGCGAGUGUGCGACGGUGUUCGCCCUGUCUACAAUGUUGUCCUCAGUUCAGAUCUAUAACCUGGCCCAGAACAUACAGGAGGAUGAUCUCCAGCACUUGCAGUUGUUCACUGAGUACGGCCGUCUGGCGCUGGAGGACGGGGGGCGGACUCCCUUCCAGCGACUGCAGUUCGUUGUUAGGGACUGGAGCUUCCCUUACGAGGCGCCCUACGGAGCCGAGGGCGGCCAGAAGAUACUCCAGAGAAGAUUGAAAGUGUCUGACAAACAGCACCCCGAGCUGCAGUCCCUCCGGAAGCACAUCACGUCUUGUUUUUCGGAGAUCGCCUGCUUCCUGAUGCCUCACCCCGGACUCAAGGUCGCCACCAGCCCCGACUUCGAUGGACGGCUAUCUGAUAUCGAAGGUGAGUUCAAGCGCGCGUUGGUGCAGUUGGUACCGAUGCUGCUGGCUCCCCACAACCUGGUCCCCAAACUCAUCAACGGACAGCCCGUCAGGGUCAAGGACCUGCUGCAGUACUUCAAGAGCUACAUGAACAUCUACAGAGGAAACGACUUGCCGGAACCGAAGAGCAUGCUCGUGGCGACGGCGGAGGCCAACAACCUGACGGCGGUGGCGGAGGCUCGAGACGUGUACACCACGUUGAUGGAGGAGGUGUGUGGCGGCGCGCGGCCCUACCUGCAGACACAGCUGCUGGACAUGGAGCAUCAGAGGAUCCGGGACAAGGCCCUGCACGCCUUCCGCGCCAAGCGCAAGAUGGGGGGAGACGAGUUCAGCAAGUCCUAUCACGAUCAGCUCGUGCAGGACCUGGAGGACCAGUUCUCACAGUUCCGCGCCCACAACGAGAGUAAAAACAUCUUCAAGGCGGCUCGGACGCCGUCGGUGCUGUUUGCGGUGGCGCUGGCUUUCUACGUGAUGAGCGGAGUGCUGGGCCUCCUCGCGCUCUACCCGCUGGCCAACCUCUGCAACCUGGUCAUGGGACUGGCGCUGCUCACCUUGGCCUUGUGGGCCUACAUCAGGUACAGCGGAGAGAUGAGGGAACUCGGUGUCACCAUAGACGAGUCCGCCAGCUGGCUGUGGGACAACGUUAUGAAGCCGGUGUACCAGGCGGGCAUAGAGAAGGGCAUGGAGCACGCGGCGGCGGCGGCGGCCGAGCGCGCCAUGGGACCUUCGACGCCGAACGCCAAUGGCAAAUUCAAACAAUUGUGAUGUCCCCACGCCCACGCCGGCCACGCCCACGCCCACGGCUGCGGCGAGCUCUCCGCUCGCGGUCACAGAAGCCUGUUGGACGACUUGUGCUCUGUUUGUGUCCUCAGUGUCCAAGUGCUUAGUGAAAAUAUCAGACCCACGAUCUUCACCGCACGUUACCACGACAGACACCACCCGUGUGCUCUUCCAUGUUCUACGGAGUGUGUCGCACUCGGCAGCACUCACAGACAGCGCUGUUCGGUCGCCGUUAAUAAUUUUAUAAAUUUUAAAUACAGUCUAGUUUUUAAAAUGAUUCCCUCACAUCGCGGAGCGGCGGCCGGCGCAGAACCGGCGGGAGAUCGAAAAUUCAUAGUUCAAUUCACGACACAUUAUAGAAAUCGAAACGGUCGCCGACCGCGACCAGCAACGUGCUCAAUUAAUAUGUACAUAGAGAUAAGCGGACUCCGGCACAGAGUGACUGGACCUAUGGCAGGGCGGUGAGGGUGAGCGGUGCGGAGUGGGGGUGCACGCGCGCUGUGCGGCGGACCGCGCUCCUCGGGGGCCGGCCUCCGCUGACCAGAGAUAUAAUCGUUUUUAUGUAGCUUAGUGGUUGGUUUUCAGAUAUUUUAUAACGGAUUGUUGACGGGUGGGGGGGGGAGGUGGCCGAGUGAGGGUCUUGUACAGCCAUAGAUAAAUUAUGUUGUUAGCUUUAGUGGAUGAUAGGGUAACGCGUGGCUGGGUCGGCCCGGCAGACGGUGUUAGACUCGCACGUUGUGUCAGAAUGACCUUGACCUGGCAGGUCCAAAAUCAUUGACGCGCAAGUGACAGAGGAAGUGUAGCAUCAAAAUCGACUGUCUCGUAAAUCAUGUAGGAAGAGAGCAAUAAUUAGAUGUAAUCGGAGCAACGGACGUGAGAUGGACUGGCUGCACAAAUUAUGAUUAAACUAUUCGUACGGUGCAUCGGACGUUCUCACCGAGGACUGCUCCCGUAAUUAAAAUUAUCGCCGACGGAUGACCUGUCUUGAAAUGUUGGGUGUGGCGAGGCAGUGUCACCCGCUGACGCGCACAGGAACACGUCCGCAGUAACUGUACUUAAAAUCAAAUGUGACUGUUCAGACGGCGGAGGUCGCGGCGCAGGUUUGUAAAAAGUAAAAAAAAUUGUAAAUAAAUGUUGUCCAAACAUAUCUGUUUUUGUAGAUAGAUAUAUUCCUGGUGUGCCAAGACAAGGAAUCGGUUGCCGAGAGAUCCGAUCACCAUCACGAUGGGAACAAAGCGGCUCCGGAACUGUCUGUUGUAAAAUUAAAUAGUUUAUUGUGUUGUUGGUCGCUGAGCCUCGGCCCUCGGUGACGUUUUGUAGAGCCUCGUUUCUGUUGAACCUACACUUGUUUACAAUACAGGAAUAUUAAUUAUUUAAGAUAACAAUAAAAUACAGUUUUUAUAAACA